AAAACAUUGAUACCAUCGAUAGUGCCCUCGAUGGUUUGACACCUCUAGCGUACAAUAAAUAAAACAAAUAUAAAUACAACAAAUUUGCAAAAAAUAAAGCCCAUCGGAUCGCAUAUAAAAUGAACAAUGGAAACCCAAAUAUAGUAUUUAAUCCUCUGAUCAGUUGCAUACAGAAGGUAGUGCUAUAUGAGACCCGCACACGUUUGUAUUUGGUUGGCAGUAACAACCGUGAGACGAGAUUUAGGCUGCUCACAAUCGAUCGGCUUGCACACAAUCGGUUGAGUAUUGAGGAAAAUGCCAAUGAAUUCAAUAGCUUGGAAAUUAGACGCUUUGUGGCUUCCCUCACGGGCUCGCCGAAGGUGACAUCAGCCUAUGGAGUGCUGGGCUUUGUCAGAUUCCUCGAGGGAUACUACCUGAUACUGGUUACCAAGCGCAAGUGUUGUGCCUUCAUUGGAAACCAUUUGGUCUACACUAUUAAGGACACAGUGAUGGUACGUGUGAACGAGGUGACAUCCCAGCGACCACCGCACCCCCACGAGGAUCGCUACAAGAAAAUGUUUCAGAACAUCGACCUGCGUAGCAACUUUUAUUUCUCGUAUUCAUACGAUCUGACGCGAACCCUGCAGUAUAAUGAAUCGGCGCCGCGCUUUGUGGGAGCCAAGGUGGAUCUGGAUCGGGACGAGCCACUACCCGACUGGAACACGCUGACUAACAACGUUGCGCAGAUUCAUGAGCGUGUGGACUAUGCAUUUCGCAGCGAUUCCCGCAAGCGUUUUGUAUGGAAUGCCUAUCUGCUGCAACCAAUGGAGGGUAUAAUGCUGAAGGACUGGCUGCUGGAGGUCAUCCACGGAUUUGUUAGCCAAUCGUGCAUCAGCAUCUUUGGGCGGCAUGUAAAUGUCUGCCUUAUAGCGCGACGCAGUACGCGCUUUGCGGGUACACGCUUCCUCAAGCGUGGUGCAAACUUUCAGGGCGAUGUAGCCAAUGAAGUAGAGACGGAGCAAAUUGUUAGCGACGGUCAGCGACUGUGUGCAUUCACGCAAAUGCGUGGCUCCAUACCAUCCCACUGGUCGCAGGACAUCAGUAAAAUGGUUCCCAAGCCUCAGAUUCAGGUCGUUAUAUGUGAUCCCUAUGCUCAGACACCCUCGCGGCAUUUUGAGCGGCUGCUAUUCCACUAUGGGGCCCCAUUGAUAAUGCUGAACCUGGUUAAGAAGCGAGAGCGCCGGAAGCACGAGUCUAUCAUCUCCAAGGAACUGGAGUACAGCAUUCGCUACCUAAAUCAGUUUCUACCCCCGCCACAUCGAAUGAAGCACAUACACUUCGAUAUGGCCCGGCAGAGCCGUUUGAGUGGUGGAAACGUCAUGGAGCAGUUGGCUAUAUACGCAGAAAGUGUCAUUCAAUUGACGAAUAUGUUCUUUAAAGCUCGAGGCAGUGAUCUCAGCCUUCAGACUGGCAUUGUACGCACAAAUUGCGUGGACUGCUUGGACCGUACCAACUCUGCCCAGUUUGCCAUUGGAAAGUGUGCACUGGGGCACCAGCUAGAGAGAUUGGGCUUUCUGAAGUCGGCGAAGCUAGAGUUCGACUCGGAUUGUGUAACGAUGCUGGAGCAUUUGUACGAGGAGCAUGGCGAUACGCUAGCGUUGCAGUAUGGUGGCUCUCAGCUAGUGCAUAGGAUUAAGACAUAUCGAAAGACCGCUCCCUGGGGCUCCCAAGGCAACGAUGUGAUGCAGACCCUCAGUCGCUACUACAGCAACACUUUUAGCGACACUGAAAAGCAGCACAGCAUCAAUCUAUUUCUUGGCAUUUACAAGCCUAGCCUCACAAAAUUGACUCAACCUAUAUGGGAGCUACAAACCGACUACGAUAUGCACAAUGACUUUGUGCCCAGCACGGAUAGCAAACAGAUAACCGAUUGGGUUCGUCAUAAGGUACGGGAGUGCCUGCCAUACUCGUGCGCCGAUUCGAACAAGCUCGUUAAGGAGCUAUUCCGCGUACACAGCAAUGGCUUGGAGAUGAUCGAUGCCUACUCGAAUUACCAUCAAUCCUUCAAGUGGAGUGAUCUUAGUGAGCACAUUGCCUUUGAGAUCAGCCAGCUGGCAAUGCGCUUUAUGCCAACAUUCCGCACCAACUACAGUCCGUUUCAGAGACAGAUUCAGACGUCACGAAAAGCUCGUCAAAAUCCCUCGAUGACUGGACAAAGUUCCACGGGGUCGGCGAACAGCAACUCUUCAAGCUCUAGUGAAGGCGAUGACAGCUCCAGCGAUGAGGAGCUUAGUGCCAGCUUUGCCGAGAAAGAGGCCAAGCAAACAGAAUCGGCUGAGCCGGCCGCUAUAACCCUGGAUUCGGUGCUUCCUUCAAUGGAACAGGUUUACGGCUGCAGCAUUAAUCCGCCCUCCAAACAGAGCAUGGCCAUCUACAAGAAGUACGUGCAAAUGGGAAAACUGUCCAGUGGAGGAGCUCGGCCUGCCCAGACAUCCGUUGCCCAGCGCGACCAGGAGCUCGCUAAGAUCAUGAGGGGCAUCACCAUGCGCCCGCUGAGCAACUAUGGCCAGGACUCGUAUCUGAGUGUGCGUCCACCGACCGUUCCAAGCAAGAGUCAGAAUAUAUAUGUAGAGUAUUGUAAAACACCGCGCAACUUCAAUUCCGUGCCCAAGUUUGAAGAGUUCGAUGUGCUCUAUCGAUAUGUACAGAAGCUCUAGAAGCAGCAAAAUUUUAAUUUCGUUUGCUCAAACGUAUGUAUGCAUCUAUGUUUUUAAGAUUGAAAUUAUUGUAUUUGUAACAACAAUAGAAUUCAAUAGCUGACUUGCGCCUAACAGCACAUAUUUUUAACAUUUUACAUUUGACAAUGGAGGAAAUGUGCAGAGUAUGCAUGGAGACGUCUGGAGCAUUCAUAAACAUUUUUGAACAUAAACGGCACUUUUCGUGAUCACAAAAGGAUGAUACUAUUUCUCCAACUGCAGAUCGAGAUAUGACCGAUAUCUUAAACGACGCCUAAUAAAUGCAUCUUUACACAAAAUGUACACAUACACAGAAUAUAAAUUUGCUUUCCACUUUUCCUGAAUUUUUAAAUUCAAAAUUUUUUUUCCUUGAGGAAAAAUCGUGUCGAGUAGUGUUAUUUGCAUUAGGUUGUUACCUACAUUUUUAAGUUUGUUAAAAAUACUGAAUAACGUUCUUCUAAAGAAGCUUAACCGUGUGAUCUUUCAAUAUACAUAUAUGUACAAAAAUUAUAUAUCGGAU